CGUUUUAAGGUUGUUAUGCCAAGUGCUGAUAAACAGCAGUAGUAGUAAGCACACUUGAAGUACUAAGAACUAGUAACUGAUCAUCACCACCACUAUCACUCUAUCAGCAUACACACGAUGAAGUUCAAAAUCCUCCUCAUAGCUUUUCUAUUAUCAACAUUAACAUCAUCAUCAUCAUCAUCAUCAUCAUCAUCAUCAUCAUCUUCACAAUCUUCUUCAGAAGAAUCAAACAUCAUUUCCCGUUUUCAACAAUACCUUCAAAUCAAAACCGACCAACCAACCCCAAACUACACCCAAUCCACAAUUUUCCUAACAAACCAAGCCAAAUCACUUUCACUCCAAUCCCAAACAAUCGAAUUCGUUUCAGGAAAACCCUUAAUCCUUAUCAAAUGGGAAGGAACAAAUCCAGAACUUUCUUCAAUCAUGCUUUACUCUCACACUGAUGUUGUUCCUGCUGAACAUGAUAAAUGGGUUCAUCAUCCUUUUGAGGCUCAUUUGGAUUCUGAUGGUAGAAUUUAUGCUAGAGGGUCUCAGGAUAUGAAGUGUGUUGGUUUGCAGUAUCUUGAAGCUGUUAGGAGACUUAAGGGUUGGGGUUUUCAGCCUAAAAGGAAUGUUUAUGUGCUUUUUGCUCCUGAUGAAGAGAUUGGUGGACAUGAUGGUGCUGAAAAGUUUUCUCUUUCGGAAGUUUUUCGAGGAUUGAAUGUUGGUAUUGUGCUUGAUGAAGGGCUGGCUUCUCCGGAUGAGCAUUACAGAGCAUUCUAUGCAGAGAGGAGCCCGUGGUGGCUGGUGAUCAAGGCUGUUGGAGCUCCAGGACAUGGGUCCAAGCUUUAUGAUAACUCUGCUAUGGAGAAUCUCUUGAAGAGUAUUGAAAUCAUCCGAAGGUAUCGUGCCUCACAGUUUGACUUGAUCAAGGCCGGCUUGAAGGCUGAUGGUGAUGUUGUUUCUAUUAACAUGGCCUUUUUGAAGGCUGGAACUCCAUCUCCAACAACAGGUUAUGUCAUGAAUUUGCAGCCAUCUGAAGCAGAAGCUGGAUUUGAUAUUAGAGUGCCACCAACCGCCGAUACAGAAUCAUUGGAGAGGCGAAUUGCCGAAGAGUGGGCACCUAGUUGGCGCAAUAUGUCUUUCAGGCUUGGGCAGUUCCAACAGAAGGUAUCUGUGUAUGAUGCGUCCGGGAAACCAGUCAUCACCAAAACCGACAGUUCCAACCCAUGGUGGGCAUUGUUAGAGAAUGCUGUCCAAGAGGCUGGUGGGAAACUUGGUAAGCCAGAGAUCUUUCCUGCCUCCACAGAUGCACGCUAUUUCCGCAAUCUUGGAUUGCCAGCAAUUGGAUUCUCACCUAUGGCAAACACUCCUAUUCUACUCCAUGACCACAACGAGUAUCUUCACAAAGAUGAAUACUUGAAAGGGAUCAAAAUAUAUGAGUCAAUUAUUAAAGCAUAUGCAUCCUUUGAUGAACAUGGAAGUGAUGGAAGGAGCAAAGAUGAGUUAUGAGCAAGUGGUGUAGUACUCUGGCUUUGUCGGCAGUUUUAGUUUUUGAUAUGCAACAAUAAAGAGGAUGCUUGAUAUGUAAAAUAAAGAGGAAAUGAACUGUCUAGUUUAACUUUGGCAAAAGCAACUUAGCUUUGUAUGAA